UUCAGAACUGUUUACAUUUUGCCGAAACUUGUGUUUUCAAUUUAAAAAAGGCUCAUAAAUAUUUAGAGAUAAUAAUGGCUUCUUUAACCGGAGUUCGUGUUAAUCUUUUUAAUGAAAACUUUCAGAAUGAUACAGAACAAGAUGCCAAUCUAGUACUAAUGGAACUGGACAAAGGGUUACGUUCUUCUAAAUUAGCCAUUCAAUGCGAAGCUAUUGUGCGCUUUCCGCGACUUUUUGAAAAAUAUCCAUUUCCUAUAUUAAUCAGUUCCUCCUUCUUAAAGUUAUCAGAAUUUUUUUUAACUGGAACAAAUCUAUUAAAGUUUUGGGUGCUGCGCGUUUGUCAACAAAGUGAAAAUCAUUUGGACAAAAUAAUGAAUAUAGACGCUUUUGUUAAACGCAUAUUUACUGUUAUGCACUCAAAUGAUCCAGUCGGACGUGCAUUAACUUUGCGUACUUUGGGUGCAAUUUCUCGUGUCAUUGCCGAACGGCCUCAAGUACAUCAUGCAAUUCGACGCGCACUUGACAGCCACGAUAAAGUAGAGGUGGAAGCCGCGAUAUAUGCAAGUGGACAAUUUGCGGCACAAUCGAAAUCAUUUGCAGUAAGCAUAUGUUUGAAGAUAUCUGAUAUGAUAGAAUCGAUUCAAAUUCCAGUUCCAAUGAAACUUCAGUUAAUACCUGUGCUGCGUCAUAUGCAUCACGAUGCUAACACCGCUGGUUUAGUAAAAGAGUUAUGCCGUAAUUUACUGUUAAAAUUUUCGGCCAAAGAAUUUGUUAUUGCAAUACUUGAUUCAUUGACUCAAUUAUCGGCGCGUACACUAACUGGUGUACCAGAUCAAGUCAAUUUAUUGCUUAAUUUUUUACAGGAUGCACGCAAACCGGUUAGAGGGCAGGCUUUACAAUCGCUUAUAUCAUUAACAGAUGCGCAAACCGUGACCGCAUGGCCAAUGCCCGUUAUUGAAAAACUUAUUUUGAAGGCUAAAGCAUGCGAAGACGAAAAGGAGCAAUAUUUUUACUUGCACAUAAUUUAUAAAUUGUGUGAAAGUCCUCUCAUGUGUCAAUUUUUAUUGGAGGAGCAUAAACAAAUAGUCGUGGAACUAUGCACAGAAUGUAUUGGCUUGAGAGAAUAUACUACAGCUAGUGAGGGUUUUGCUAUCCUUGCUGCGUUAAUUGAAUUCAGUGGCACUGAUCAAGAGAGAGUAGAAAGCUUAUUAAAUAUUGUAAACAUUACCAUAGAUGGAAUUUUUUUAUUUGCCACUUCAGAUGUUAAGAAUUUGCGGAAAAUAUUAAUAAAUGCAAUAAAAGUAGCAAGCGUUAAUGAGGAAUUUGGUAUCAGACUUGUCGAAUUGGUUACCGAUAUAAUAAGUGGAGACGUUAAUUGUCCUGUAUCAAAUAUUGAAAUUUUUUGCCAAUCUUUGGCAGAACUAUGCACACAAUUCCAAUUAAAAAAAUUUGCUCCACAAUUACCUGUCGAAAAUGCAAUGGAAACGGAUGCACCUAAACCGAUCAAGAUAAAUCCAGUUCUUGAAAGGCUAUCACUAAUAUUACAAAAAUUAAGUUUAAUAUUGGAUGACAGCGCCAAUAGCGAGAACUCACACACCAUAGAAAUUUUGGGUGCAGUUAUAAUGCAAUCAAUGAUGGGUGGCUUCCCUCCUGCAGAAGUUAUAAAGGUUUUGGAAAGAUUUGAAAAUACAAAUACAAAUUACUGGUCUUUUUAUCGUUUGGGAAGAUCUGCUAGUCGUUAUGGUCAGCACUAUAUAGCAGCAUUUUUACUAUCAAAAGCACUUCAAUAUACGAUUGCAGAUAGGUUUCAAUUCUAUAUAAAAGGACUUAUACAAAUGAGUGAAGCUGAGUGUGUAUUAAAUACUGGUUUUGUGUAUAAAUAUAUAAAUGAGAACUAUACAAAAUGUGAUCCCCGCUCACGUUUGCAUGAUGAAUCAGUAAAAGAUGUGCAACCAAUGACUUUAAUGCGUCGAUUAGAAUCUGCUAUUGAUCUUUAUUGGCAAUCUUUAUCCUGUUUUCGUGCAAGUUCUUCGUCUUCUCAACCAUUUGUAUUUCAGCUCGAAUUUUUAAAAUUACGUGCGCAGUUCUUACAAACCUUACAAAUGGCAGUUACAGUUAAAAAUGCGCAAGUCAUUGUACCUCCACCUGCUAUCGCAAACAGUUUAGCACAAAAUUCAGGUGAUUAUUUGCAGAAGUAUGGGCACGUAACAAAUCAGUUGCGAAAACUUGUUAAAGCAUUAAAAAGUUGCGGUGAAUCCUAUAACAACUUAUAUAAAUCGGCAUUUAAUGCAGAUCCAAUAACUUUAGAGUUUAUUGAAAUUGCAGAGUAUCAGUGUACAUUUUUCGCACAUAUUGUUGAAAAUAUAUGCUACGCUACUCCAGCUGAACCACCAUUAUUUUUAAUAAAUUGUAAGCAACCAGAAACACGUUAUUUUGCUAUAACUUGUCAGCAGAUGGACUUAUUACAAAAACAUUUGCCGCGAGAGGAGCCUAAUGCUAAAACCAUAAGUAAUAGACAUCUGGAAGUCAUCUUGGCAUUAAUUGAGUUAAUUAUGAAACGGCCAUUGUGUUUACCUCGAUACUUUUUUCAAACACUGCAAUCAACUCAAAUAAAAUUGUCUGUUAGUCCUCAACCACGGAGUCCUACAGAAUUUGUGAUUGUGCAGUCGGGAAGUAAUUUGGUAAUCAAAAUUGAAGGAAUAAUACAGCAUAGUGGAAAAAAGCACACUUGGCAUAGAAGCGUAGAUUCCGUUCAACUUAGCUUAACGGCACAAUUAAUGUCUCCACGUCCUAUUGACAAUAUGAAACCAAUAAGCGAUACAGUGACGCAAUCUCAAAUCGUUAAACCCCAACGAGAUUUUCUAACUGGGUUCUUUCUGUUACCAAUUUCUAGUGGUAGUCAGUGGCAAGUCACACUUGAAACUUCUGCUAUUGAUGAAAAUGGAAUAGUUUGGAAUACUGGCCCGAAAAAUUCUAUGCUCGUUCGUGGGCUAGAUGAUCAAACUAAAGCUUCAACAUCGUCUAGCCCAUCGGUUCCAGUGGGACAAACACGACGUUUUUAAUUUUUGUAAGUUUAUUUUUAUUUUUAAUUAAU